GGCUUCUAAAUUUGCGCUUGCGCAGUUUCUUACGGAAACGGAAGUGCGGAGCCCAGCGUGAAUGUCGGGCGGUGCUGAUACCUUGGAGGCCUGCCUGCUUUCUCCUCUUUCUCUUUUGUAUUGGAAAAGCUCUUUGAGGAAGAGGAGGAAACAAAAGGAAGAGAAGUCAGAAAUGGCUUUUUCUCAGGCACAAUUGACCCUCAAGGAUGUGGCCAUUGAAUUCUCUCCAGAAGAGUGGGAAUGUCUGGACCCUGCUCAGAGGACCUUGUACAGGGACGUGAUGGUGGAGACCCUCAGGAACCUGCUCUCUGUGGCUCUCUCUCAUAUACACAUGAUCAAGAAAUCACAACUAAAAUCAAACAUUGAUACAGGAGAAAGAUUCCAAACAGUGAUGUUGGGAAACCAUGAAAGCCAUGAAAUCAAGCAUUUUUACCAUCAAGAAUUACAGGAAAAUAUGUGUGACCUCGGGUGUCAGUGGAGAGAUGAUGAAAGAAAUUAUAAAAAUAUCCCUACAUCCCAUAAGGAAGGUGUCACUUAUGGAAGAAUUCAACCCAGUGGAAAGGAUACAGAAAAGAAGCUGAUUGCAAAUAUAGUUGCAUUAAGCUCUUGGGAUGCACUGUGCAUGCUUCAGAGUAGACAGACAAUUGAUACAUUUCAUCAAGCUGAUGACAACAUGAACAGGAGUAUGUCAUUUUCACCAUCUCAGGAAGUUUCUCCUUCUGGCCAAUCCAAAAUUUCUAAUAUAUAUGGGGGUGAUUUUAUGCAUCCUUCAAUAUUGACACAAGACCAGAAAGCACACGGGGAAAGACCUUACAAAUGUAAUGAGGGUGGCAAAAUCUUUCCUAAGUGCUCAGACUUCAGUAGACAUCAGAUAAUCCAUGCAGGAAAAGAAUUGCGCAAAUGUGACUUUUGUGGAAAGAUCUUUAGUCGAAAUUCACACCUUGAAGUUCAUCGGAGAACUCAUACUGGAGAGAAACCUUAUAAAUGUAAUGUGUGUGGCAAGAGUUUUAAUCGUAAUUCAUAUCUCACAUGUCAUAAGAGAAUUCAUACUGGAGAGACACCUUACAAAUGCAAUGUCUGUGGGAAAACCUUUCGGUAUCCCUCUGGCCUCUGGAGACAUGUGAUAAAACAUACUGGAAGAAAACCAUUUAAAUGUGAUGUAUGUGGCAGAGUCUUUAAUCAAAAUAAAGACCUUGCAGUUCAUCACAGAAUUCAUACUGGAGAGAAACCUUACAAAUGUAAUGAAUGUGGCAAAGUCUUUGGUCAAAAAGCACAUCUUAAAACUCAUCUGAGUACUCAUACUGGAGUGAAACCUCACAAAUUUAUUGAAUGUGUCAAGGUCUUUUGUGAUAAGGAAACUGUUAAAAGGCAUCAACAAAUUCAAACUGCAGUAACAGCAUACAAAUGUAAUGCAUGUGGCAAGUACUUUCAUCACCAGACUACCCUUAUACGGCAUCAACAUGUCCAUACUGGACAGAAACCUUACAAGUGUAAUGAAUGUGGCAAAUUCUUUCGUCAGAAGGUAACCCUUAUACGGCAUCAAUAUGUCCAUACUGGAGACAAACCAUACAAAUGUAAUGAGUGUGGCAAGUUCUUUAAUCAGAAAUCCAAUCUGGUGCGUCAUCAAACGAUUCAUAAUGGUGACAGACCUUACAAAUGUAAUCAUUGUGGCCAGCUGUUUAGUCUGAAAGGAAGCCUUGCAGCUCAUCAGAGGAUUCAUACUGGAGAGAAACCUUACAAAUGUAGUGAGUGUGGCAAAGUCUUUAAUAGAAAUUCAAACCUCGUAGUUCAUCAGAGAAUUCAUACUGGAGAGAAACCUUACAAAUGUAAUGAGUGUGGUAAGAUGUUCAGCAGUAGACCAACCCUCAUCAGUCAUCAGUUCAUUCAUACUGGAGAGAAACCUUACAAAUGUGAUCAGUGUGGUAAAGGCUUUGGUUACAAACAAUGUCUUCGAAUUCAUCACAGAUUGCAUAAUGAAUAAGUGGAAGUGAAAGUGAUAGUCGCUACAUUAAUGUAGCCUGUCAGGCUCCUUUGUCCAUGGGAUCUCCAGGCAAGAAUACUGGAAUGGGUAGACUUUUCCAUCUCUAGGGGAUCUCACUUUACCUAAUGAGCCACCAGGGAAGUCCACAUAAUGAAUAGAAACAUUGCAGAUUUGUUGUGUGGAAAAGCCUUUACUCAGAUCUCAACCCUACCACACAUCAGAAAAUCCAGCUUGAGAAACACCAUAUUAAAAAAAAAAAAAAAAAAAAGGAAAAAAGAAACACAAUAAAGUUGUGCUAUAUGUGGGAAGGUCUUCAAAAUUCAAACUUCAGAAAAAAUUCAGAUCUGAAAAUUCACAGCUUACAAUUUGUUGGAGAAUUCAUAGCGGGAAGAAACUGUACAAAUAUCAUGAGUGUUGUAAAGUUUUUUUGCACUCACCACCAGAUAAUCUGUAAUGGGAAGAAACCUUACAAGUUUAAUGACCGUCUCUAUGUUUAGUCAAAAUUCGUACCUUAUAUAUAGUAUGCCAGAUAAUUCAUACUGGAGAGAAACCUUUCAAACGUAAUGAGUGGCAAUUUCUUCGGUGUGCCUUUAAGCCUAAAACGUCCCUACAGGUGUUCCAUGAUCUUGAACAUUGAACAGUGUGGUGAAGUGUCAAGGCUUUUACAGGUGUCCAUCGUCAGCUUUAUUAGUGUACUUUGUAGAACUGCAGCAUCACAUCAACUGUAGUGCAAGGACCAUAGACACUUGAGAUGAGAAUGUUUCAUGGAAAACUGUUUUGCUUUUCUACAUACCCCAUACUAAAUUUUUCAUUUCUGCUGUGCCAAUUACUACAAACUGAGUGCCUUAAAUAAAUAGAUUUAUUCUCUUCUGUUUCCAUUCAAGAAUUGUAAAUGGAUCCAAAGCUCUGUGCUCUUUUGGGUACUCCAGGUCAGUUUGUUUUCUUGCUUUUAUGAAUUUCCAACAUCAUUUUCAUCCUUUUUCUCAUGGUCUUCAUGUGGUUUUGCAUCACAGGCCCUUUAAUCAAUGAUUUUGUUCAGACGUCCUCUUAUCAUAUGAGCACUUCCUCAACACAUUGUUUAAAUUAGGUCAGCCUCUCUUUCUGUCAUUGUAUUAAUUCAUUACUAGGGUCAUAUCUUACUUAAUGAUUGCUGACAUUCCCUAAUAGAAUAUAAUCUCCUGAAGGCAGGGUAUUUUAUUUCUUGCUACACCAUCAGUGGUUUGGACCCAGUGCGGGAAAUGAAUUGGUUGAUAAAUUUGAAAAGUUGUUUUAGACAUUUCUAUUGCAUACUUUAUAGUCCAAAGAAGAACUUUUAUAUGUAGUGUGAAUAUAAAAAAUUUGAGUGACCUA